AAACUUAUCCCCUUUUCUAACUCCUUUUUUUCUUUUAAUUAUUAUUUUUAUUAUUUUCUUUCCGCUUUAGAAGACCGUUACUUUUCUUCUCUUCUCCCCCUUAAACCCCCACCCAUCACUUCCUCACACUCCGCCACUUUGCCAUGACGGUCGCAAGCGAAGCCUCCGCACGCACCAAGAGGCUCGUGAAACUCACGCUCUCCCUCCUCCGCCUCGGCUUCAACUCCUCCAAAUGCAAAACGGCAGCGAAGAUGGCGGUGGCCAGGAUCAAGCUGCUGCGGAACAAGAGAGAGGUGGUCGUCAGACAGAUGCGACGAGACAUUGCUCUUCUUCUUCAGUCUGGUCAAGAUGCCACUGCUCGUAUCAGGGUUGAGCAUGUCAUGAGAGAGCAAAAUGUUUUGGCUGCAAAUGAGUUCAUUGAACUCUUUUGCGAACUAAUUGUGGCCAGACUCUCAAUCAUUGCAAAGCAAAGGGAAUGUCCAGCAGAUUUGAAAGAAGGAAUCGCUAGCUUGAUAUUUGCAGCCCCUAGGUGCUCUGAAAUUCCAGAACUUGUAUCACUUAAGAAUAUCUUUGAGAAGAAAUAUGGGAAAGAUUUUGUGUCUGCAGCUGUUGAUCUUAGACCUAGCUGUGGUGUAAAUCGCCAGUUGAUCGAAAAACUCUCAGUACGAACACCUCCUGGUGAAGUAAAAUUGAAAGUGUUGAAGGAAAUAGCUAAGGAACAUCAAAUUGAUUGGGAUACUACGGAAUCUGAGAAAGAACUUCUGAAGCCUCCAGAAGAGCCAAUAGAUGGGCCACGUACUUUUGUCAGUGCAAGCAGCCUACCAGUGAAGCCUUCCACAAAUGUAUCGGUUGAAUCAAAUAGGCCAGCUACAAGAUUAUCAGGUGGUGGAAAAACGGAUGCCGUGCAUUAUGAAGAUUCUAGGUCUGCUGCUGAAGCAGCAGCUGAAGCAGCUAAGAAGGCAAUUGCUGCUGCUGAAGUUGCUGCUUAUAUGGCUAAGAAGGAAUAUAAUGAAGCUCCUCAACCAUAUGUUUACUCUGGGACCUUCCAAGCAAACAAUCCUUCAACUGAGGACAAAAUGUAUAGGUCACAGAGCUUACCAAGAUCUGAUCAAGUGAAAAUUGAGGAGGAUUCAUUGCCUAAGCAAUAUGGUGGAAAUGAUCAUCGGAGGCACAGCUACCAUCCAACUUCUGCUAAUUCAGAUAUUAAAUUUGAUGAAUCAGAUUGUGAUGAAGAAAAUGAAGCAGAAGAGCCUCGUCCUACUUUACCCCCUAAUCGGCUUCCACCACCGGUACCCUCAUCUCUGGCUAAACAGGAUAGCAGCAUUCAUCGUGUUCAUCCCAAAUUGCCGGAUUAUGAUGAACUUGCUGCGCGCUUUGAUGCACUAAAAUUCAGAAAGUAACAAUCCUGAAACCCAACCUUUGGCAGCCAGUCUAUUUAAUUAAUUUAUAUUUUUAUACUACACAUGUAAGAAUAUCAUAUUUUGUUAUAGAGAUGCUAAGAAUGUAAUGGAUGUUAUACUUUGUUAUGUACGUUUCAAAUUCAAUA